AUGUCAGAGUCACGAUCGACAACGAAAACAUCAACAACAGCAAAAAAACGGUUUCAUCUAGGUAUGAUUUUCAAUCAAGUUGCAAAACUCUUUGUGCCUGCAAACAAUAAUCAAGAAGAAAAACCAAAACCUAAAAAAUUUUUUAUAUUACCAUCAAUCUCUGUAACAUCACCUGAUGGAGAAACAACUCCAGUUGAAUAA